CGACACAGUAUGGAAGUAGGAGUAGAAACGACGCCGUUUGUCCAUUUCGUUGCCUUCAAUUACACGUUGUAGUCUUGUAGAGUUUGAAGUAGAUCAGAUGCGGAAGGGGAGGGCAUUUUUUCAUUUUUCAAAUAAAAGAAAACAAAAUCGACCUAAAUUUCAAUUAAUUAUUUAGCAAAUCAGGAAACAUUUGGUGAUUGAGCUCGAUGAUGGCUGACGAUUCGAAGGAGCGAUCUGAGUCAGAAAUUUUGCUGGAGGUGGAGGAAAGCGCCGCCGUCGAGGCAGCAAAACCCUCUCCGGUGGUAGAAACCGGAAGCGGUGGCGGUGGAUGGGGCGGAUGGGGGUUUUCUCCUCUUUCUUAUCUGACAGAUCUUCAGAGAGCUGCUAGCGUGGCGGCUGAAGAGAUCUCUCGUAAUGCUGUUGAGGCUGCUAGGACAGCAGCAAAGAGCAUUUCAGAGACUAUCGCUGAAGACCCGGAUUCUCCUGAAGAGGGAAGUAAAGAAGUAUCUGCAAGCGAAGAGGAAACUGAUGAUGAGAAUGACGAGCGGCGCAAAGCAGCUCUGGAUAAACUAGAGAAGGCCAGCGAAGAAUCUCUCCUUAGCCAGGGUUUGAAGGUUCUUGAUACGUCAGUGGAAUCCUUUGCUUCAGGCGCUUGGCAAGCUCUUGGAUCUGCAUGGAAAGGGGGAGCUACUUUAGCUCACAAGAUUGAGAAUUCAGCUUCGAAUUUAGCUGAUUCAAUUCAACAAGGUGGUCUACCUGGGCCAACUGGUUCUGCUGCACCAUCUUUCUUAGAGACUGGAAAAGCUCUUACAGCAAAGGGUAUGCAAGUGCUUGAGCAAGUUGGAAAAGAAACAAUGGAUCUUUUGAUCUCAGAAACUGGGAUGCAAGUUGAUAAAAACUCUGGUGUAAUAAUUGAUGAAGAUCAAUUAUUUGAAGAAAUUACAUUUGACAGAUGCUUUUAUAUCUAUGGAGGUCCAGAACAGUUGGAGGAGUUGGAGGCAUUAGCCAAUCAUUAUGUACUAUUAUAUAACCGAAGAAAGGCUAAACUCUCUUCUGAAGAAAAAACAAUUUGUGAUGGAAAGCUUAAAGACGUCCAACACAUUUUUGACUUGGCUGGGGAACUUGAUGGAAAUUAUACCGACUCGGAGAAAGGGAAGCAAAUAGAGGCUGGUAAUGAUGACAGCAUAGAUGAGUGGAAAAAAUUACAUGAUUCCAGCAUUCGUAAGGCUGCUGAAUUGGCUGCUGGCUUUGCAACUGCUUUGGCUGGACUGCCUCCAAAUGACAUAACUCAGAGAACUUCUGGGAGGCUUGAUACUCUUCAUUCUGAGGGUGUUCAUCGGCUUUCUGAAAUGUGCUGUUUUGCGGUAACUCAGUUUCUGAUGCUUGGAAAGUCCAUUAUAUCCAAUGCAAGCAAAAUUCGAGAUCAAGAGAUUGAAGAGGAAAAUAUGAAGAUUGAUUGGCCGGAGGAUCCUGUCGAAAAAGCUAAGAUAAUCAGAACAAAGGCACAAUCAAUGACUGGAAGUAUCGAAACAGUUUUCAACAGCUUUAUUACUGGUAUAUCAGAUGUAGCAGAAGCAUAUUUAGCGGCCAUUACAAGUGCUGCUGAGUCAAACGAACUUGUUCCUACAAAAUCAGUUCAAGAGAAGGCUAAGUCAUUUAACGAACAUCUUCGUGCCGAUCAUAGCACAGCUGUCGGUAAAAUGCAGGAUGGGCUACAGUAUUUGACUUACUUGGUUCUCUCUACCUCAAUGCCUACUGCUUGAAAGUCGAAACAUGCUCCAUCUGCUACUACACGCAGAAUAAUAAUCUUUUUUUAUUAUUAUUAUUUUUUAUUUUGUAAAUAGUCGCUUAAAUAUUAAUCCCAUUUCAUAUUUGCAUUCCUGCUGUUUUAUUUAAGGGAUGAAAAUAAUUCUGUAAUCUUUGUUGGAUAAUUGUCAUACUCGUUACAUUCUCCUGUUUUCGUUCCCAUGUGUAAUUUGCUUUAAUCAACCGAGAUAGCUGCGGAAACUGCUGUAUUUAAUUUUAUGACUUAUCUGAAUGUGAUUGUGUUAAAUA